AUGAAUAUGUUAGAUGAUGAUGAUGACCAAAGCUUUCACGCGACGCGUGACGGCUACUCCCAUUUGAGCAAUGUCGAAUGGGAUGCGGUCGAACGGAUGGGUUCAACCAUGAGCAUCCAUGCUGUUAGCGUCAUGCUAGUGGCUCUCAAUAGAGAUGCCCAACAUGCUACUAUCGCCAAGUUCAUUCAAAAUGAACUUGACGCUGAACGCGAGAAAGUAGCCUUGCUUCACCAACAAGGUUAUCAACAAGCAGAGUUGUUGAGAGAACAGGGUGCUCAACAGUUUGAACUGUUGAGACAGCAGCAGGCUGCUGCUGGUGGGUCGAUGCACUCGCGUCGACCCGAGACCUUGAAGAUUGACAUCUCCAAGUAUAAGGAGUCGAAGAGGACUCCCUCUUGA